AUGCCGGAUAUCACCACUCACGAUGUGGAUGGUUGCCGCCAGUUCAGUUCCUCUCAUCGCGGUAGCCCAUCGGAAUACUUGCUGAGGAUUUGGGCCAGUAAGGGAUAUUCGAUUCUGAGCCUGUACAAUCUUUUCGCGAUCACACGGAUGGUGCGCUGCAUGCGCAUUAUUCGUCACUUAUGUAGGUGUUAUCAUAUUUUACUUCCUCGUAAAUUUAGACUCACUUUGAACAGCUCUAAAUCACCACAGAAGCGAACGGAAUUUCUACUAGUAAUCUCUGCAGUAGUCCUCUUCUUCUGGGUGACUGCAAAUAUUUUUCGUCUCUCUCUGAAAAUCCUUUCUACGCGAUUCAUUUCCAGAAAUAUGUUGGAUCCAAUCUGGUCAGCUUUGCAGAAUACUCUCAUCGUACCAUACACUGAUUUACAGGAAGCUACAUCGAAUUUCUCGGACGAGAACAUCGUUGGCAGAGGUGGAUACGGUGUCGUUUAUGUUGGCGAAUGGAAGCAUACCAAAAUAGCAGUGAAGCGGUUUAUGGCAAAUGGAAGCAGAUGUGGCCAAAUCCAACGCGAACGCUUACGACAGAGUCUUCAGGAGCUGCGUACACUUGCGAAGUUCCGCCAUGACAAUAUCCUGCCUCUGUAUGCGUUUUCACUUGAGGGUCCGGAACCCUGUCUUGUUUAUCAGUUCAUGUUCAAUGGAUCUCUGGAGGAUCGUCUCUCAUGUCGGGGCAAUACUCCACCGUUAUUAUGGAGGCAGAAAAGGGAGAUUGCUGAGGGUACUGCUAGAGGACUGCAUUUUUUGCAUUCGAUGGCAAGCGUGCCGAUUAUUCAUGGAGAUGUGAAAUCUGCUAACAUACUGCUUGAUAAACAUUUUGAACCGAAGCUGGGGGAUUUUGGUUUGAGUCGUGAUGGACGGGUGGAAGUCAACGCGGAAGAAAAAUCUCCAUUAAUAGCAUCACAUGUGAAGGGAACCCUCGCGUAUUUACCACCAGAAUUCAUUACAAAUAAGAUCUUGUCUACCAAAAUUGACGUGUACAGCUUUGGCAUCGUUCUUCUUGAGAUCGCUACCGGAAUGCGUGCUUUCACGGAUUCACGUUCCCCUCCGAGUUUAGCUGACUACUGCUUCUCCGUCGUAAACCGUCAAAAAAGUACUUCAGUGGAGUCGUCUGUUUGGGAAGUAUUAAUGGACAAUCGUACUCCAUCUGUUGACAAUCAAGGUUGUCUUUUUGCUGACAUUCUCUGUUUCUGGAAAAGCGCUAUUUUUCAGAUGGCGCUAUGUCAUGGUGUAAAGGAAUCAUAUGUUUGGGUUUACAAUGUGCUAACAAGGAUCGGCUACUUCGCCCAUCUUUCCCAGAAAUACUGA